AUGGAUUCUCUCCUUCCUAAGAUCUGUUUCUCAAUUUUUUUUUCUCGAUUUUUCGAUGAAAAAAGAAAGGCGUUGGACAAUUGUGUAAAUAAUGUAAAUGGAAGAAUUACUGGCACCCGCUCGACCCAGCUUCGAAGAUCAACGUGUGUCAAGGUAAUCAAGGAAAUGUUGAAGUACCAAGUGAGAACAAGCAAUCGACCAUCCGCAUACGGUAGUCCAUCAUCGUCCACUCACGACACAACGCUAACCAGCCGAAGUAACUCGUUAGCAUCACUGAACUCGGUGGACAGUGCUAAUUCAGACGGUGACUGGGGCACGCUACGAGUUUAUACGAGUAAUGUGAAAGCGUGUACUGACUACAAGACGAUUCGCGUUUCUACACAAUGUACCGUACGUUCCGUGAUUGAUACCGUACUCAGCAAAUUCAAGAUUUCCUGUCGGGACACUAAUUUGUUUGAAUUGUGGAUGGAGGUCACCACCAAGGCCAACGGUAAAGCGGUACGAACAAUUUUGAGGUUAGACCACGCAGCGCGACCGCUUGAACUACAAAGGUGCCAUCCGGCGAACAUGUCACGGUUUAUGCUUCACAUGAUGUCAGAAGGGACGCUCGUCCGAGUACAUGAUCACAAUAUUUCACCUCAGUCAAACUACAAAUCCCUAUUGUUGGCGGAGGAGACAACUUGUCGCGAGGCGAUCGAUAUUCUGCUAAGUAUGAACCGGAAGGAACCGGAAGGCGAUUACGCGUUGUUCCUAACUGCACCGGAGGGUGAGGCACAAAUCCCAUCUGAGGUGUCCCUCGUGCCAAUCGCAGUGAUGUGCCAACCGUACCAUAAGAUUGUGAUACGGCAAGUCGACUCGCUAUAG